CCGGUUGACAAUCACAGAGUGUGCAAAAAAUUAGAGUGAGGAUUGUUCAAUACAAAAAAACCAAAACAAGCCGCCGGGGCCAUGCCGGGGCCUGCUAUCAAUACAAAACAAAAAAUACGUGGUUGUGCGUUCGUUUUUGGGAUAAUUGAAUGAAUUGGUCAUGGGGCAUUUUUUGUCGGUUGGGGCGCUUAGUCGCUUCGUGUGUGUAAAAAAGCGCAUAUUUGCAGCCGCGGUUCACACGCUUAUUGCGAUAAAAGUGCGUUAUAUCUGUGUUUGUCUUGGAGGAGUGUAGCCUAGUGUUACGUCGCAAUCUAGGUUUCAUCUUAUGUCAGUGGUUGUUGCGCUAUCAUCCAUGUUGCUUUUUGACUUAUUUUUACUUUUGGAUUGUGAAUUUGUGUGUGUGUUAAAAACCCGACUAAAAAAUGCUUUUCCGAGAAUGAGGUUGGUUUAAUGAACAGUUCCGCACCGGACUUUGCCAAUAUUGUGGAUGUGGUGACUUACCAAUUCAAGAAUGGUUCGCAAACGAGAUCACAAUAAAAAGAAAGGUCCGUUCUAAAUGAUGAACGUAAUGGAUUUGUCUCCAAUCAUAAAUGAAUUUGACACACCUUUCCUUGUAGACAGUGGCACUGAAAGUUUUACCGAAAGCCCUGUUGCAGAAGAAGAGAGUGAGCACUCGGAGGACUCCACAGUCUGCGACAUUGAUUCGUCGUGCAUCCAAAAAUGCCACAUUUUGGACAAAGAGGUCUCAGUGGACGAGGACAUUCUGGCUGUUCCUCUGGAGCCCAUUCGCACCCAAACCGAGCCAAGUAUUGUGGAACCGAACGAGCAGGAUGAGACCGCCCUCCCGUCCAUUUUACGGAGGGAGUCCUCCACCUCGAGCACCGUCAGGAAGGUCUCCUUCCCCAAGGAGGAGACGGAGUUGGCCACCUACAGGGAGCCCGAAAACGACUGUCCUUGGACCAUAAACACGUAUUUGCCCCCCGAAAAAAUCCUACAAAUCUACCAAGCCUCCUGCAAGCAGCAUCAAACCAUAGAGCUGGACAUAAUCAAAAAUCUGAUCAUGGAAAUAAAAAACAACACAAACCAUUCAGCAGUAUUGAACUUAUCGAUGAUAAACAUAACGAAUGAGGUGAACGAGACGUUGGAAGACUUGUUAAAAGUGUCGAACUUCCGCACCUUGGUGUUAUACGAAUGUAAGUUCACGUCGGAGACGAUAAGCGAAUUCUUCAACAUGUUGGAAUAUUACGGUUCGGUGUGUGAUAUUGAGGUCGCGAUGAAUUUUGACGAAACGGCCUGGAAGUGCUUCUGCAACGCUUGUACAAAUCUUACCGUCUUGGAGGCCAUCUCCUUCAAAGGGAUGGUAAUCAACGAGAACUACAUGCGGAUGUUACUUAACGCCGUUAAGAGCAACACUAGAAUCACCACAUUGAAGUUUGACGCUUGUAUGCUUAUAAAGUUACCGUCGUUUUACUUAGUCGAAAGUCUAAUGACAAACACUACUCUCUGCGAACUGUACCUGCCCUCGACCGGACUGUACACAAAAGAAGCUGACUGUUUGGGCCGUUUCCUGCAGAAAAACUUCACACUUAAAGUCCUAGACAUAAGUAAUAAUUUUAUCGGGGACAGGGGGCUGGAAGUCCUAGCUAAAGGACUCACCAAACAGACGACGGCAGGCUGUGGCUUGUCGGUUUUAGUCGUUUUCAACAACCAAGUCACGGAGAAAAGUGGACCGGUUAUCUGUAGUAUAAUUUCUGAGUGUAAAAAUUUGCACACCCUUAACAUCGGUUAUAACCACCUGACGGAUGCGGUUAUUUCCGACAUUGCCCCCAGUUUGGAGGUGACGACGUCUCUGGAGGGCCUAGGGCUCCAGUGCACCCUCCUGACGUGCAAAGGAAUUGACUACCUCGCGAAUGCCAUCGAGAAUAACAACUCGUUGCAAAAAAUUAACCUGAAGGGGAACAAAGCGAUUCAAGUCCCUGGCUUAGAGCGCCUGUGCCAGGCGUUAACAUCGUCGAAGAUUUCGAAAAUCGAGAUUGACGAAACGAACCGUUCGUCUCACGACCCCCAAGCCUACGUCCAACUUGUGAAAAAAAUGAACGCAAUUUGCACAGUCAACAAGAAUUUCAAAGAGUCAAGCUGCGACGAAAUCGCCACGAUUUCGCAGCUCGUUUCGCGGAAGGUUUCCCUGAGUUGCGAGCCCCGUUACGUCGUUCCGGAGCCCGCGCCGGGGGCUACGCCCCUCUCGGUCGACUCUCCGCCGAUUCUGUCGCCCGUUCCGGCGGCACGGCCCCCCAAGAACCGGUUCCAAAUAACCAAAGUACAAGACCCCAACACGCGCCCGAUCUCGCGGUUUAAAGUUACGAGAGUUAUUCCGUCGCCGGAUGAAGACUUGGCCAUUGGCAAGUUCGCAAAUGUGAGGAGCAGUGUGUCGUCGAAUGACAGCGUCGACUCCCUCCAACUUGACGUGGAUAGUGAUAGAGAUUAGUAAUUAGGCAGAUUUUGUAUUAGUUCUGUGAUAAGAAUUUUAUACAUAAGUUAGUGGUUCAAAUUUUAUUCAUUACUGCCUUAACGCGAAAUUAUAGUUCAAAUGUAUUUUCUUGCAGCAGUUGAGUUUCCUUAGCCGUGAUAUUUUUGCAGGGUUUGAUGGAAGGGCCCAAGGUUCUCCCUUAACUUAAGUUAGUUACGCAGCUAUGACUUAAGUACGUAUCGUUUUGGCGUGCAUACCUUCCUGUUUGUUCAUGCAUGCACGAUUCCAGUCAACCAAACAUCCCUAUUUUGUUCAAAACUGUUAAGUGAUAAAGGGUUAAGUGUUUCAUGUGCAAUUCUCGUACCUGGCGGUACAAAGAAAUUAUUUAUUGUAAUAACACGGAGUUAGAUUUAGCAACCGUACAAACCUCAGUUCUUUGUUGUAUUGUUUUGGGCAUGCUGGAGCAUGUUUUUGGUUAUACGUUUUUUUAAUUAGCUUUAAAGAGAGUAAGGCCGACAGAAACAAUGUACAUACCGGUCGAAUAAUUUGUUUUGAGACGACGUUUCUGGAGUCUUGCCGACUACUCAAUGUGUUUAAAUAGGGAAUAGUAACUUAACCAGUUGUAAAAUAAAUAUAUUUUUUAUAUGAACGUUGUUAGUAACUUGGGAUACGAUAAUUAGAAAUAGCAAAUUUUGGUACAAAGUGUAGAAAGUCAAAGUUUAUUAUUGCAAUGUUCGAGCAAAUUCUGUUGUUUAAAGCAUGCACUAUGCAUUUCAUUACUAUAGUUUAUAUUUAUGUGUAUGUGAUAAAUGCAUGUGAUAAAUAAAAUAUCUUAAAGAGUAUUUUAACAAAUAACCAUAUUGUAGAGAAACUUGUAAUUAAUUAUUUAUAAUAAAUUGAACGUUUAUUGAA